CUCGUGUGACGUAAUCCUCUCCGUUGCAGUAUGGCGGGCAGGCCCUCGUCUAGAGAGCUCUGUAAAUAAAGACGAUUUAUACGGUGUAUUCUGAACUAACAGUCGUGUGUAUGUGUAGUGAUUGACGACCGCUGGCCGCUAAGUGUUUCAGAGAUCCUCUCGUGGGAUUGUCCGGAGAGACGGGCGCUCGGAUAGUGGGAUUUCGGGGGAGUAACGUUACUGCGUGUUUCUUGCUGAUGUGGACGGUGUUUGGUUGGAGCUUUACGCUUUCUCUGUUUACGAAACUCGUGAGCUCAUCAGCGGUCCUUCUUCUGUAUUUAUGUUUGUAUCGGGGAUACUUUGGAUGUUUUACUGCUCUCAGGAAAGAACAUUUGCGCUAUGAACCGGCAGUGAACGUCAGUUGUGUUACUUUAUAAACACAUGUGCACCAGAGCGAUGGAGAGUGACUGUAGGAUCCCUAUGGCAUGUCUGAGACCCCGGAUACUGGCCCUGCAUGCUUUAUUCUGGGGCUUAGUGUCCCUUAGAGUGUUUGGAGCAGCACUUCUUAGCGAUGAGAAGGCAGCAGUUGCAGUGACAAAGGCAGUGACAGCACCAUGUUGGCAGCUGGAGGAGUUUGUGGUGGCUAAAGAGUGCAGUGCAUGCGAAGGUUUACAAUCGAAAACUAUACCAGCCUGCAGCCAAACAGGAUUUGUAGAAAAGAUCAACUGCACUAAGUCUAACAGAGAUGAAUACAAGAGCUGUCGCUCUACCAAAAUGGAGGAGCAUCUCUUUUGGAAAUUUGAGGGCGUGAUGCUGGCUCUCACUGUUGUCUUUGCAAUAAUAGUGGUUGCUAGGCAACGCUCACUUGACCGCCAAGCCUCAGACAAGGUUCGGCGACAGAUAGAAUCUAUUUAGUAGACUGGACUAUACUAAAAGUUAAUUGGCCUGUGGCCUGGUGUUAUAAACUCUCAGCAAAGGGCAUAACCCCACAGUCCAGACUUUAUCACUGGUUUAAUCUUACUGGACGCACAAAGUCAAAGCUCUGAAUGGGCACAAUGUGCUCUUUCUCCCCAGACUGACAUGACUUGUGGAUGCUGCUUCUGUGCAGGAUUUAACUAACUAGAUGUGAAUCUCAAGAUCAUCCCUUCAAAUCAGCAAAAAUUAUGCAAGACAGGAUUCUAGUCCCUAUUUUGUAACAAAAGAUGUACAGCUCUGCAUAUACCUGUUCUUUCAAAUGCUGUGAAGGUGGUGUGUGUUGAACAAAAUAUGGGUGUGUGUGUGUGUUGCAUGUUUUCAGUAAUCCAAAAGCACAUCAAGUAUUUUGUCAAGCUGAGAAUGAACUGUAUGUCUGUAUGAAAGUCUUGAAAGAAGACAGUUCUUCUUGAAAGAAGACAUAAAAAAUUGUCUUGACAGUUUCAUUAGGAUGGGUUUAUGUUAGACGGUGAGUUUCAGUGAAUAU